AUGAAAGCAACCGCUACUGUUCUGGGCUUAACGGCUCCGCAUAUUGCUUUUGAUUUACCCCCAGGCUUGGAUCUCGAACAGCCCGCUAUCUCCGUCGGUGUUCCCCCCUGUUUCCUUAUUCGAGCUGGCAGUGAGACUGGCACCAGAUCCGUAUCGCUAUGCGCCCCAAGGAGUGCUUCUGCUUCGCAGCCACAAAAGGCUUGCUUCUUGAAAAGUGUUCAUCUCUCUGGUUAG